UAAAUCAAGAUGGCGGCGAUCGCGUCCUUGGCAUUAAAAUCCAGAACAGGUCUGCUGCUGCCCUGUCAGUCCUCUCUUAUCAGCACGGUUAGGUUUGCGUCGAAGAAGUCUGGUGGUAGCACUAAGAACACUGGAGGAAAGAGCCCGGGUCGGCGAUAUGGAUUCAAGAAAGUUGAUGGUGGUUUUGUCCAUGCUGGCAACAUCCUUGCAACACAGAGAAUCAUGAGGUAUCACCCUGGAGCACAUGUGGGGAUGGGCAAAAACAACACACUGUAUGCCCUUGAAGACGGUACAGUCAGAUUCACAAAGGAGGUCUUCAUCCCACCGCCUCGUUCCGCCGAAGCUAAGCUCACUACCAAGCUGCCAAAAGGAGCUGUACUCUACAAGACCUUUAUCAACAUCCUUCCCACCAAACAGGAGGGCAAAUUCAAACUGGUGGACAUGGUAUAAUACUGGCAGGACUGGGAUUUGAUGCAGUGGAUUGAACCCAGUUUUUUUCCUGUGAACUCGCGCAUUGUUGGGAUCAAGAUGGUUUUGGUAUGAGCACGUUGGAAGACGUUGGCCUUCAUCAGUGCAUCGACGGGGUCACACAGAUUGGAAUAAUCAGUGCCCGUGAGGCAUGUGUUUGGCCUAGUCCGUGAGAGAAGUAAUGCUGAACUGAAAUUCCCAUGCAAAUCCUUUUCUUUUAACUCAUUAGAUUCAGCCCUCCUUCAAUGAGACGCUUCAUUUCACUAGCUAGCCCAGGACACUGUACAUCAAGGAAUCUUUGCUCCCCCCCCCCCCCCCCCGUGGUUAUUUACUGGAGCGUUAUUCCUUAAAAGCCAAACGUGUAUUCUUGACAGUGUCUGUACAUUAGCUGUCUACAUCUGUUGUGCCGUACCAGAGUGUCUGUCACAUAAAUAAAGUUUGACAUGUAUAACUCU